AUGGCCACUCGUGCCAAGUGUGGAAUAUUCAAGCCAAAUCCAAAAUAUCAAGCUCAUGUGUCAAUACCCGAUAUUUCACCUUUGCCUAAAAAUUCGAAAAUUGCCAUGCUUGAUCAUAAUUGGAAUGCGGCCAUGAAUGAGGAAUUUAAUGCUCUUACUAAACAACACACUUGGGAUCUUGUUCCAAGACCAGAAGGGGUGAAUAUUAUUCGGUGUAUGUGGUUAUUUAAACACAAAUACAGGGAAACUGGUGAAUUGGAGAGACAUAAAGCAAGACUUGUUGUGAAUGGCAAGUCUCAACAGGUUGGUGUGGAUUGUGACGAGACUUUUAGUCCUGUGGUGAAAUCGGCGACUAUUCGUACUGUUUUAAGUAUUGCUUUGGGUAGGGACUGGCCUAUUCAUCAAUUGGAUGUUAAAAAUGCGUUUCUUCAUGGUGACUUAAAAGAGACCGUUUAUAUGCAUCAACCACCGGGUUUUAUUGGCUUUGUUUGCAGAAAAAGUGAUAAUUCCCUCUUUAUUUUGCGACAUGGUGCUAAUGUUGCAUAUCUCUUGCUCUAUGUUGAUGACAUUGUUCUUACAGCUUCCUCCGAACAACUCAAGUGUGAUAUUAUUGCUCUUCUCAAGUCCGAAUUCUCCAUGACUGAUCUGGGGAAGUUGAGUUUUUUUGGGGGUUUCUGUAACCAGAACAAAGGACUCUAUGAUCCUUUGUCAGAGUAA